AUGGCAGUAACAUCUAGCUUUGAUCCCAAAACUGCGUUAAAGCUCGAUGGGUACCUUGAGCCGUUCAUUCCUGCUAUCGCUCACCGCCACGAGCGCUUUCAGAAAUGGAAAGAUACCAUCGAUCAAUAUGAGGGUGGCUAUGAGAAAUUCACUAGAGGGUUCGACAAAAUGGGUUUCAAUGUCAAAGAGAGUGGUGAGGUAGUCUACAGAGAGUGGGCACCAAAUGCAACAGAGGCAAAUCUCAUUGGUGAUUUCAACCAAUGGAACAGGAUGUCCCAUCCAUUAAAAAAGGAUGAAUUUGGUGUUUGGGAAAUCACCCUCCCUCCUAAGGCUCCUGGGGUGUGCGCGAUACCUCAUGACUCCAAGGUCAAAAUAUCCAUGAUUACCCCCUCUGGUGCUCGUAUUGAACGUAUCCCUGCUUGGAUCCAACGUGUCACCCAAGAUUUGACCUUCUCUCCUGCUUAUGAAGGUCGUUUCUGGAAUCCCUCUACUUCGGAAAAAUAUCAGUUCAAAAACCCUCGUCCGCCGCAACCGAGAGCGAUAAGAAUAUAUGAGGCCCAUGUUGGAAUUUCAACCAGCGAACACCGCGUAGGCACAUACAAAGAGUUUACGAAAGAUACACUUCCGAGGAUUCACGCUCUGGGUUACAAUACCAUCCAGCUGAUGGCUAUUAUGGAGCAUCCUUAUUACGCAUCUUUCGGCUACCAAGUAACCAGCUUCUUCGCCGCAAGCUCUCGCUAUGGCACUCCUGAAGAGCUUAAAGAACUUAUUGACACUGCUCAUGGCAUGGGCAUAACCGUUCUUCUGGACGUUGUACACUCGCACGCCUGCAAAAACGUCCUUGACGGCCUUAACGCGUUUGAUGGAUCAGAUCAUCAAUACUUCCACGAAGGCAGCAAAGGACGUCAUGAACUGUGGGACAGCAGACUUUUCAACUAUGGGAGUCACGAAGUUCUGAGGUUCUUACUGAGCAAUCUGCGCUUCUAUAUGGAGGAGUACAAGUUCGAUGGCUUCCGGUUUGACGGUGUCACGAGUAUGAUGUAUGUCCAUCAUGGUAUCGGAACGGGUUUCUCGGGUGGCUACCCUGAAUACUUCGGUCCGGGGGCAGAUGAGGAGGCUAUUGUGUACCUCAUGCUGGCGAAUGAUGCGAUGCAUGCUCUUUAUCCGUCUGUUAUCACGAUCGCAGAAGACGUUUCAGGUAUGCCUCUGCUCUGCAUUCCCGUGUCUCAAGGAGGUAUUGGAUUCGACUACCGCUUGUCAAUGGCUAUCCCGGACAUGUGGAUAAAACUGCUGAAGCACAAGACCGAUGACGAGUGGGAUAUAGGCAAUAUCGUGCACACCCUUACAGAUCGACGAUACGGCGAGAAGAGCGUUGCUUACGCUGAAAGUCAUGACCAAGCCUUGGUAGGAGACAAGACUCUGGCUUUCUGGUUAAUGGACAAGGAAAUGUAUACGCACAUGUCGGAUAUGACACCGAUGACGCCCAUCAUCGCGCGAGGUAUCUCUUUGCAUAAAAUGAUUCGUCUCCUGGUCCACUCGCUUGGCGGAGAAGGCUACCUGAACUUUGAAGGCAACGAGUUUGGACACCCAGAAUGGCUUGACUUUCCUCGAGAAGGAAACAAUAACUCCUUCCAGCAUGCUAGGAGACAGUGGAACAUCGUAGAUGACCAACUCCUUCGGUAUCGAUACCUGAAUAACUUCGAUGCUGCGAUAAACCACUUGGAAGAAGAGCAUAAAUGGCUUUCAGCUCCUCAGGCAUACGUCUCUCUCAAACACGGGGGUGACAAGAUGAUCGCCUAUGAACGAUCCGGCCUUCUUUUUGUCUUCAACUUCCACCCUACCAAGUCCUUCACAGAUUAUCGCAUUGGCGUCGAUGAAGCAGGGGAAUACCAUAUCAUCCUUACCAGCGAUGAAAAGAGAUUCGGCGGGUUCGAGAAUAUUUCAUGUGGCGGCAAAUUUGUUACAACACCAAUGGAAUGGAAUGGGAGGAAAAAUUGGUUGCAGAUCUACAUACCCUCCAGAACUUGCAUUGUACUGGGGAAAUAA